ACAUAAUGGGUGUUGAGUUAGGUUGUGGGUGUGGUUUGCAUAUAAAGGGCCAGCGUCGGGACGCGAUUUUGAAAUUUGGCGCGAGCUUAGGGCACUUUUGCGGUGCGCUUGAGUGGCGCAAUCGAUUGUUUUUCAAGGUAGACGAACGUAUAGAAACAUUAUGGUCGUGGUUCAAGAGUUAAAAGAUUAAUUUAUUGCCAACAUAUUAAUACGAUCGCCGGGACAGAUAACAUCGUCUUGUUUUUGAAUAUAUCUUAUCGACCACUUCCGGUAGUUGAUGUUCGGUAGUAAAAUUUUUUGGGUUUAGAUUGGUUUUGUGAGGAUAAAUGUUAAAAAUGUUGCAAAGCGAUAAAGACUACAAAGAGCGGCUUAUAUCCACUGUAAAGAAGGAAGUCAAACAAGUAAUGGAGGAAUCGGUGACAAAAAAGUUUGUACAUGAAGAAAGCGGAUGCGUGACUUCCUUAUGUGGAGCUGUAGAAGCUUGUCUAUCACAAGGUUUACGGCGAAGGGCUCUUGGUCUAUUCAAAACGUCUUCCACAACAGCGUUGCUUCACAAAAUAGCGAAGCACUGUCCAGAAGCAGCCAAUAUAUCCAAGAAAGUAGAAGAUCUCGAAAACACGGAUCCAACUAGGAGGUCUUCAAGCAGCAGUGAUAGUGUCACCAAGCCUACACUGAAAAAGAAUGCUUCGCUACCUAGUAAUCCUCUGCCGAAAUAUUUAUGGAUCAGAUUAGCUCUAUUUGAAAAAUACCUAGCCAAAAUAAUAGACUUCUUAGUGUCAAAUGCUCAUAAGUAUUACGACAAAGACGCCUUGGUAGCGGAUCCUGAAUAUGGAACAAUUUUAAGUUCUCUGCUGAUGGGACCUUGUGCUUUAGACUACUCUAGAAUGAAGAACCACGACCAUUUCUGGUCGGAUCCACCUGCGGAUGAAUUGGUCCAAAGGCACAGAAUCUCCAGUGGCCAUUCGACUCCUCCAUCUGUUCGUCGACCAAUUCUCAACUUUAGAAGGUCUUUGAAUACCAGUUCCGAUGACGUCAUAACUAAUAGGUCUUCCACUCAACAAAUAGCAAAAGAUUAUGUAGAAACUUUACACCAAAACUCCAAAGCCACUUUACUUUUUGGGAAAAAUAAUGUACUAGUUUUACCUGUCAAUUCUGAUCUGUCAAAACCUAUACCAGGGUAUCUAAGUUUGCACCAAAUGGCGUCUGGCCUAGCUAUAAAAUGGACUCCAAACCAGCUUAUGAACGGUUUCGUCGACGAAGUGCAAGACAAAAGUAUAUAUUGGGAUUAUGCUUUGAACGUCAGACUUGACGACAUUGUAUAUGUUCACUGUCACCAAGAUAGUGAAACAGGCGGUACCGUGAUCCUGGUUGGACAAGAUGGUGUCCAAAGACCACCCAUUCACUUUCCCAAAGGUUUGUUUUCAGGUGGGCAUAUGUUGGCGUUUCUGAGUUGCAUAGAGACCGGACUGCUACCACACGGAAGGCUGGAUCCGCCAUUGUGGUCCCAAAGAUCAGGAAAAAAUUAUACAAAAAGAAGACGACCACUGCCAGCCUUAACGGAAAAUGAAGAUACUAGCAAAGACUACGUGUUCAGGAUCGUCGAUAACACAUGCAAUCAUAAAGACAUACUGAAAAGAAAUCAGCUCAUGGAUACACACGCCUCACUACCAACUAAAGUUAGGGUUCAAUUAGGUAGCACUAGUACUAGUUCAGAAAGUUCCUCCAAAAGCUUCAGCAUAGACCAAAAUAUACCCGAUAGUCCCCCCAGUGUCUGUAUACAAGCUGUCUGUGAUUCUAUGAAAAGACAAAUUAUAUCCAGGGCAUUCUAUGGUUGGCUGGCAUACUGUCGGCAUCUCUCUACAGUUCGAACUCAUUUAAGUGGUUUAGUCCAUACCAAAAUAAUCAACGGAGAUGGAGCCAGCGAAGGAAUAACAAUAGAAAAAUGGGCUGAGCUAUGUCUAGACGGUGUUGUUUCCGACUAUGCCGAAGUGUAUCGACUAACGUAUUUUGGCGGCAUUGCGCAAGAUCUCAGGCAUGAAAUUUGGCCGUAUUUACUAGGACACUAUAAAUUUGGAAGUACUUCAGAGCAAAGGAAAGAACUUAGCGAAGAAACUAGACAAGCAUACGAAAACACAAUGUCAGAAUGGUUGGCAGUAGAAGCAAUAGUAAAGCAAAGAGACAAGGAAAACCAGGCACAUGCUAUAGCGAAAUUGAGCAGCGAAAGUAUGUCAGGAGAACAAGUACCAGCGCAAGCGCAGCAAGAAGAGCUUUGCAAUGAAGUUUUCGAAGAUGACGUAAUUACCGAUGACGAGGACGAAUCUCUAGAAGAAGACAAAGAAGGUGGAAAGAAGAAAAAUAAACAUACGAAACAGAAUACCAUUAAGUAUAUAAGUGACGAAGAAGAUUCCGGAGGAGGUAAGGAAGUUGAGAAAGAAAACAAGGAAGCAGAGUCUAAAGAAGUUAAUCCUACCCCAGCAGAUAACACAAACGUACAAAAUGAUGAAGCCUUAAGUAGCGAAAAUAAAAUUAGUACAUAUGGCAGCAAUGUAGAUAAAGAAGAUAUCGUAGUAGUACAAGAUGACGUUGAAGGAGAUACUGAAAAUUCUAAAGACAUUGAACAACAAUCUAUUGUAAAUGUUAACGAAGAAUUAAAAGACUUUAUACAUAAUGUGAUUGUGAUAAAUGCGAGUGUUGAUAUAUGUAAUUUAGGUAACGAGAGUCCACGGAUGAGUAAUUUGGAUGCCGUAACUGAAGAAAACAAUUCUUCUUUGGAUACGUGUAUAGAAACACAUGGUUUAGCGUCUCCGGCUCGAUCGUGCUGUGUUUCCCCCGCUAGUUCCAACGGGGGUGUAUAUAGUCAAGAACUUCUUGAAACCUUUGGCCUAAAUCUACAUCGAAUAGAAAAAGACGUACAAAGGUGCGAUCGCAACUAUUGGUACUUUAUGGAGAAGGAAAACUUAGAUAAACUAAGAAAUGUCAUGUGCACAUAUGUUUGGGAACACCUCGACAUCGGCUACAUGCAAGGCAUGUGUGAUUUGGUGGCACCACUUCUAGUAAUUUUCAACGACGAAUCUCUCACUUACGCUUGCUUCUGUCAUUUAAUGGAAAGAAUGGUCGAGAAUUUUCCCAAUGGAAACGCCAUGGACUGCCAUUUUGCCAACAUGCGAUCCUUGAUCCAAAUUCUGGACUCCGAGAUGUACGAACUGAUGCAUGCUCAUGGAGACUACACACAUUUUUAUUUUUGCUACAGGUGGUUUUUGUUGGACUUCAAAAGAGAGCUGAUGUAUCCUGACGUAAAUGCAACGUGGGAGGUAAUCUGGGCAGCGCAGCAAGUAGCCUCAACCCAUUUCGUUCUGUUUCUGGCUCUUGCUCUUCUGGAAACCUACAGAGAUAUUAUUCUAUCCAAUGGAAUGGAUUUUACCGAUAUUAUUAAGUUUUUCAAUGAAAUGGCUGAAAGGCACAAUGUACAAGCAGUAUUAAAACUAGCCAGAGAUUUAGUACUCCAACUUCAAAUCCUCAUCGAAAACAAAUGAACCCGUCAAACCUCUAGAUAUACUACUACAAACUAUAAGAUUAGAAAUAAGUCAAAUCAACAAAAAAAGGUGGGCAAUCUACUACACACAAGUAGCAUUAGUGGACACCGGUAGACUUCUAGAUAAAUAUAAUUAAAUUUUUAGUAAAUCGGUAUAGUCCAGUAAUUUUAGGUAGCAGUGUAAGCAAUCUGGAAAAUUUUAAUCUCCUCGAUUUUUGUAAAACUCCAACUUAUAUCUCUUUUGAGAUUACAUAAAAUUUAUCUCUGUAGUAGCCUUGUUGAUCGAUUACUUUUUUCUACUUACACCUGUUCGUCCAUCUUCUCUUCUAUUUUUAAUUGCAGUUGCUCAUAUUCCUCAUAUUUCAUUAAACGUUUGUAUUUCUCCAUCAUUCCAGAGAUUUGUGAGCUACCCACUUUCUUGUAACCCAGUUUGGUCCGGUUCUGGUUUUGUGUGGGUCCAAUACACUUUUGGAUAGUAGUUCUUUCGACUUGGCUGGUUUCACCUGAAGAAGGUUGUUCCUCUUCCUGAACCUCCAUAUGUAGUUUCCUCUGUUUCACUGGAGCGCUGUUUCACUGUUGCUACUAGCUUUUCCUUCAGUGUUUUUGUCUUCCCUUCCUUCUAUCGGAAAGUUAACUUUCGUACUUCGAAAAAGGAAGGUUGACAAGGUCAAGAGACAAAAGUUUCUGGAGCUCUUCUCGAGAUUCAGAAUCCCCUGAAAAGUCCAUAAACCCCUUUGUCUGAAAGUUUGCUGCUCCAGUUUGUGAUGUAUCCUGAGCUUAGUCUAUGGAUCUUUUUGUGCUCAAGGUGUUCCCCAUCUUCAUCCUGUACAAAGACAGUGCAUGAGUGCGACUUGGAUAUAUCUUUCUCUUCUAAAGCCCUGAAAGAUGCAUCCUCCAAAGGCCUCAUGGUUGGAAUCACCUACUUUAUGUCACUCCACGCUUGUGUCAUCCGUAUAGUAACAUUCUAGAAAACUCGGCCUGAGGGUACUCUUCAGGAAGCAAACCAGAGGUCUUGCUUCACGAAUUUCUUCAUAAGCCACCAAGAUGGCUUUUGGAAUGCUUUAAGGUUAUCCACAUCAAUCUUGGCUUCUGGGAAUCUUGUCAGGACUGUCGCAACCUUAGUAGAAGCGGCAGCUUCGCUGAAAGUCACACCUUCGGUACCUACUUGGUCUUUCCCUUUGCGUUAGCUUUCGGGUAGUGUGCUUCCGUCUGACCUUGGCCUUUUUGGAAUUUUGGCCUUGUGAUGUUUUUGUUUUGUCAUGGCCUCUAAAAGAUUUGACGACAUCUCUUUUGCCCUUUCAGCGGUCUUAAUCAAAUUGGCAUUGGUUACAGCGUUUUUGGCUUGUAUGCAAUCUUGGCCUUGUUUCUUCAGAUGAAUGAUUUUGGUUUUAGAAAUUAUAGCUUAAUCUCUUCGUCUAUCAUGAGAUCAACCUCUUCUAACGCUAUUAUUCUAACAGACUUUGUAAUUCUUUGCCUUUUAGCUUGGGAGAUUUCUUUAGAACUUAGUGGCCAUUUGGCGUUCGGAUUUUUUCUAAAAGUUCCCUGCCCUUCGGCUUUAGAGUUGUUUGUAGAGUUAAAGAGUGGUUUUGGCUUUAGAGUUCCCUACCUUUUCGGCUUCGAGAACCCUUUGCUACCUGCUGUCUUCCAUUCUUACAAUAUGUCCCGUACAUCUCCAUUUCUCAGUUUUUCCGCUGAUGUGAGUACUAUUUUUCUGCUGAAACUUAUCGUUAUAUCGUUGACUAAUUUUUAGUCCAUUAUUUAUUUUUUUAUGUAAAUUUUUAUAAUAAACAACAUUUAGCUGUACAAAUACAAAUAUAAUUUUAUUCAAUGCAGAUAAAAAAUAUGAUUAAAUAAAGUAUUGAUUAGAACAGAUUAAAAAACAACAGCAAAGAAUUUUACAAAAUUUGACCGAUUUGAAAUUUUCCAUACAAUAAAACUAUGAUUACUGGGUUAGUUGAAAGGCCAAAGAGACUCACAAUGUCUCUGAGGAUGUAUACCGAUAAAGUAGAUUUUAGAAAAUUAAUCCGAAAUAUGUGAUUUUGGUGUGACUGGGUGGAUUUUUAUUUUUGUACGACAGAUUUUAUUUAAACAUAGUAGUGGGGAAAGAAAAAUUGAGAAAUAAUGGAAAAUUAGGAUAAGUAUAUUUUGUAUACUAGAACACGUUCUAGGUGUUUAAGUGUUGGUUGUUAGCUAAAUAUUAUCGGUGUUAUAUUGCCUUUUGUUUAGAGUUUUCGCAGAGCGUACAAAAAAUAUGAGUUUACUCUACCUUAUAUUUAAUUUUACAUUUCACAAUUUGAUUAUACAAUUAAAUUUCUUCAUAAAAUUUUAUCUUUGUUCAUAUAUCGAUCAUCGUCAAAGACAUGUCCCACCUAAACGCCUCCUACCACAUCUUAUCAGUAGCUGACACUUCUUGAAGUUUAACAUCAAUUGAGUAGCUUUAAAUAGAUUGAAAAUAUUUGCCAAAUUCGUCAGAUGGUCUUCAAAAGUGUCCCCCAAGACAAUGUCGUCUAAAUACACCAGGCACGUGUUCCAAGAUAAUCCUCUCAACACAUUUACCGUAAACUUUCCAAAUGUCGCAGAAGCAUUCAAGAGUCCAAACAGCAUAAUGUUGAAUUGCCACAAUCCAGAUUCCGUGGUGAAGGCUGUCUUCUCGUUAUCUACUGAGUCCAUUUCUACCUGCCAAUAUCCAUACUUGUCUUUAAGAAGUUCAAAGUAGAGGAAAAUUUAUUUCCAGCUAAUGUAUCCAACGUGUCGUCGAUCGGAGAGACCCAAGGGCUAGUAGAAGGUUCUAUCACCCAGUCUUUCUUUAUUCUUCAAACAAUGCUUUCAGUUUCCUCUCUAUUUGCCUAUCAAAAUCGAUACUGGUAAUACCAAACCAAUUCGUCUUAUAGCUCCACGAUUACAUGUUUGACAAUAGAAGUUUUUUCUGUCUUUCCUACUGUCAGUACGAAGAGGUCACGAUACCGCCGAAGAAAUUCCCUUUUCUCCGCUUGAUUUAGAGACUGGACAACCGUUGCAAUGAUUUAGUCGAAUCAUUGGAAUUAUCAGAUAUUUUCGUCUGCCGAAUUAUGGACCUCACUGGUACACAAAUUCCUACUUUUGUCUCUUGCUUGAUGGUCAGUGGCUAAUAAUUGACAUUAAUAAAUCUCACAGGAAUAGCUUUUACAAUUAAAAUUCCUCGGCCGCGGCAAACUUUCGAGUCAUCGGAAGAAACUUUUGAAAUAUCACAAGAUACUUUCCUUUCCAAUGAUGUGAUAAACGAAAUCAUAGCAGCAUUCUUGUCCUCAAAUACAUACGUUUAUGAAUCAGGAACCCUUUCUUCCAGGGCGGUCUUUAGCCGUUAGACUUAUUCAGCCUUUUCUUCCAACAGAAUUUAAUUCUCUAUCUUCCAGUGAACGUUGUAAAUCGGUCACUUUUAAAUUGCUCAUAGCAAUUUUUUCACAUAAUUUCUUUAAAUGCCCCACUUUUGACACCAAUGUAAUGUUUAUUUGAAUUUAUUUACAGUCUUCUAAUACGAAAACAUAGGAAAAGAGGUCGAACGUGAAAAUUUUCGACCAGGGGCGUAGCAUGGGGAUUGGCGUGACACACGCUUUGUUACAUUUGACAAACACUAAGAACGAGUAAACUUCAGUAUUGUUCUUUGUACGUCCUAACUGAAACAUUAUAAAGCUUGGUUUCUAUUGAUUUAUUUUUGUAUUAAGUAAGCUCAACCACUAGUAGGAAUAUCCCUACUGGAUACAAAUCAAAAUUAAAUAAGAUAAAAAAGAAUCUAUUUAGAAAGAAUAUUAGAAAAACAAGAUGUUAAAAUAGAUAAAAGACAAUGUUUAGAGUAUAUCGUUUAGCUUAAGCACUAGCAACAACACACUAUAGUGAAUGUCUAGUUGAAAUUAAUGCACUAUAGUUAUUGUACGGUUCCCUAACCGGAAAUAAUAAAUAGAAAAUUAAUAAAAGAAUAAUCUGGUUUAUAAGUUUGAUAUAUUUUUGUAAUAAUGCAAUUGGCAGAUAUGAUUCAAACGUGUAUGUUUAUUUAAGGGCUUCUACCAGAUUAGGUGUUAUCAGUUUUUUCACAAAUCAAAGAGAAAUUGUGGGAUUCUUCUUCUUCGUGUACCAUGUUCUUUCAGAACGUUAGUUGCGAACAUAGCUAUCUUAAUUUUAUUCACUGCCAUCCUAAAUAGCAUGUUUGUCUCUUAUACCAUCCCAAUCUCGCAAGUUCUUCAACCAUGAAGUCUUUCUUUGUCCUAGACUGCAUUAGCCUGCCAUUUUCUUAGCAUAAUAUUUUAUAGCAAUCUAUAUUUGGGAACUCUCAUUACAUGUCCGAAGUACUCAGGCUUCUCUCCUUGAUGCUUUUUAUGAUCUCAGUAGUCUUGCUGAGACGUUCUAGUAUUGUGGAGUUACCAAUCUUCUCCACCCAAGAGACUUGUAAGACCGAGAACACGAAGUAGGCAGAUCCGCAAUGCCAAUUUUAAGUCUCUGUUAGAGAAUAUCUUAUAUAUCUUAUCUUAAUGGUGCGCAUUGCGCACCAUUAGCCGGCAAGGUAUAUAAAGGCAAUUUUUACGUUUUGUGAAUGCGUCGUAAAACGUAGCCAAGCGUUAAAAAACCGUCAAAGUAGAGAAAGAGGCAAAGAGAAAACCAUGAAAUUGAAAAAUGUUACAAAAAGGAAAAUUUUUGAACAUAACAGCUCCGAAGUUAUUUCAGAAACUGAACUGUGCCAUGAUGAUGAGUUCAACGAUCUCGUGUCAGAUCAAAAUAACUUCUGUGUAUUGUGGUGAUGGUAGCUAGGUAUGAUAGAAAUGUUUGAUAUAUUGUCAAUGGUCUCAUGCCAUGUGUAUACGACAGGAUAGUCCAGAAGGAUAUAUUUGUGACUUCUGCAAUACUUAGAUUUUUUUUAAAUAUCUGUAACUUGGUUUCUUAUCUUUUUCCGUAUAUUUGUUUGUUCCUUUAAUAUUUAUGUUAAAUAAGCUACAUUUUCGAAGGUCAUUUUUAAGUUCUAUUAUUGCGCAGUUAUCCGACAUAUGCGCACCAUUAGCCGAAUAGGUCGGGCAAUUGUGCACAUUACACUAAUUGAAAAUUUCGCCUCUCACUCUUCUACUGUUCAAUCAUUCAUUAAAUGCGGUCCCUACCAAUAUACCUAAGCCUUUGAAGUAUAUCUUCAAAACAUUUGGAAACUGAAAUGUUUAAAGUUUGUGAAAUAUCCUGAAUUUGUCUUAGAUGCGCACCAAUAGCCGACUCUCCCAUACUAUUAACAUAAUCACAUUACUCAUAUUUAUAAUAAUGUUAUGUUAAUAAAAGAUAAGCUAUAGAAGACUAUUCAUAAUCCUAAACCCAUAUCCAAAAGUGUGUAAACAGAAGAAGAAGAGCUGUAUUUGUGAAACAACUGAUUAUCAUUUUAACCAACACUAACUACCUCUUUAGGUUUUUAUAAAAUAAAUUAUAAUAAAUAUAUACGAAAAAUUGUGCCAAAUAAAAAUAAUAUGAAGAUAAGACUAGAAAUUGUAACCAAAUUAGAAAAAAAAAUUAAUGUAGAUACAUUGGGUCUAUUCAGAAAUAACAUAUAAAGAUGCACAAAAUAAAUAAAUUAUAUAAAAUGUUAUAUAUAGUGGAUGGGUAUGACAGAUACGACACUAAAAAAUUCACAAAAUGUAUUAACGAACUUAUUGUUUGGAUAUAAACAGUGGCAUCUCUAGACUUUGCUGCCGGGGACUUCCAAUGAAACCCCAACCAAAAGACAUAAAAAAGAUCAAGUCAGACUACAUAAAAAACAUAAUUAAUAACUUAUAUGCAUUUCGUUCUCUUACUUUUCCUAACUAGUAGUUUUAUUGGGUUAGAUUUGGCUGUCUGUGAUUUAAGUUUCAUGUUAGCUAAUAUGUUUUUAUGUUUUAGUUAUUUUUUUCUUUAAUUUUGGAUCGUGUUUGGGAGGAAAUUUUCCUAUUUUCACCUCCCGUAUAUUCGCCACUAGUAUCAAGUAAUUUAAUAAAUCUACGUCAGCAGAAAAGUAUCAGGCGUAAGUUUGUUAAUACAUGGUGGAAAAGUUAACAAUUAGGUAAAAAUACAAUGAAUAAUAUUGUAAUCAAAUAUGUUCUAACACUAUGUACUGAAAAUAUUUAGGGUUGAUGAAAAGUCUGGCAACAAGCUGAGUAGGAUGUAUAGGUAUGUUUAAGUUCAUUUUCCAAUAUAGUGACCGUGACGUCAUUAGAAUACUAAGUCCGUAUCUUCGUGUUUUGGGUCUCAGUUUUCUGUGACGUUAUGCAAACUUAAAGAUCCUCUAAAAAAUGAAAAACACAAUGUCAUUGCAUAUCUCAAAAUUGCAUAAUUGCAAAUUAGAUAGCACCUUGUUGCUAGACUUUUUUGCAACCCUGAGCUAUACUUUCUUUAAUUAAGGUACGAAAAUGUAAGGAAAAUAUUUUAUGCUUGGAUCAUUAGAUUCAUAUUUUUUACGUAGGUAUAAUAUAUUUAAAGUAUAAAGUGACGUAUUUCGUUGAUGAGAGAGUUCAAUAUAUUUUUUAAAUACCACUAUUUCCAAAAUAGUCGAGUCGUUAGAGAAGAAAAUGCCACUCAACCUGUAAAACAUAUAGUGCAGUCACUGAAGGUGGAUAUGAGCUAUUACCUCCGAUUUCGUUGAACCUCCAUCGAUUUGCAUGAAAAUUGGUGAAUGGUUAGAGCAUAUCUCAAGGAACAAAGGUGAGAUGGUGCCAACUUGCGCUUUUACCCUGGGGGUGGAUGCCACCCCUCCUCGGGGGUGAAAAUUAUUUUAUUAAAAAUAACCCCAUAAUUCGAUAGAGGGACAAAUUAUAAGCAAAAUUUGUUAUAUAAAGUUAUUAAAAUAAAUCAAAACUUUUUGAGUUAUUAAAGAUCAAAGAUUUUAAUUUUUCGUUAGAAAAAUGCAUGCUUUUAACCGAUUUUUCAUAAAUAACUCAAAAACUAUAAGUUUUUACAAAAAAAGUUAUUAUUAUCAAAAUUGCGGCCAAUAAAAAAUCAAACAAACUCCUUAGUAGAAAAACCUUUCAAUGUUAACUAAAAGUGAGUUAUAGGUAAUUGAAUGUAUAUUUCUUUCGUCGAGUACCCAAAUCUAAGUAUUCAAGCUCAAAUACCGGGAAUAUGAUGCAUUUAAUAACAUAAAAUUAUUAAACAUUUGUCAAAGUUCUCAAAAAUAUCUAUCAAAUAAGCCUUCGAACAAGUUGAUAGCAUUAAAAUUUAUGCACCUAAAAUGUUUCAAAAUUUAUCUUUUAAAAGUUUUUCCAAAAAAUGUUAUUGUUUUUUUGUAAAUAACUCCGUUAAUUUUUAAGAUAUCAGGUUCACCUAAAACUAAUUAAAAGUUUAUUCCAAGAUCUAUUAAAAAACGUCGAAUAUAGUUUUUUAGACCUCUUACUUUUUUAAAAAUAAAAAGUUAAAUGGUCCCGGUUACAUGGUUCUCGCAGCAAAAUUGAAAUUUUAAACGUUUCUAUAUCGGUUAUUUUUUACUCUACGGAAAUAGUAAAAUAGGUAAAGUAUUUGGAACAGAAAAAACUAAAAUUUAGUUAUAUAUCAUUUUUUUACGUAUAUUGAGUAUUUUUGGAGUUUGUAGGUUUGUUAUAGCAUUAGUUUCAAACGGUUUGAAACCAUCAGCGAAUAGCGGACCAGCGCGAGUAGAGGGGAUAGCACUGGUGACUGUAUUAUGUUCUCUUACUGACCAACUGUUUGCUGACGGUUUCUGACUAGUUUGACUGUUUGCUAGAACAAACCUUUUAUCAAAAGAAAAUGAAAAGUACGAUAAUUUUAAAAAUUCUGAUUUUUUUAAAUUAUAUCUUUUUUUUUCAAAAAUAUGCAUUCUAAACCGGUCAAAAUUGUUAAAAUCAUUAACUAUGUUAGCCUAAAGAAAUUCUUGUAAGGAUUACUACAAACUUUAAUUUUUGUGGAAAUGGCGUAGGUAUGUUUUAUUUUUCACUUUUUCCUAAAAAAAUCGGAAGGGUUCUCUUAUUUUCAUCAUAACUUGCUUAAUUUUAAUGCUAUUAACUUCUACUGGUGCUCAUUUGAUAGGUAUUCCGAAGUACUUUGACAAAUGUUAAACAAGUAUAUUCUAUAAAAUGCAUCGUUUUCCCGUUAUGUAAGCUUGAAUACUUAGAUUUGAGUACUCGUCGAAAAAAUGUACAUUCAAUUACCCACAACUCACUUUGAAAUAACAUUUGUUUAGUUCGUUAAGUGGGGAGUGUAUUAAAUUUUUUAUUAUCUUUAAUUUUGGUAAUAAUAACUUUUUUACAAAAGCUUAUAAUUUUUGAGUAAUACGUGAAAAACAGCUUUAAAACAUGCAUUUUUUUUAAGAAAAAAUAAAAUCUUUGAUAUUUAAUAACUCAAAAAGUAUCGAUUUAUGUUAAUAACUUUAUAUAACAAAUUUUUGCUUAGAAGUUGCCUCUCUAUCGAUUUCUGCUAUUAUUUUUAAUAAAAAAAAUUUCACCCUCGAGAAGGGGUGGCAUCCACCCCCAGGGUAAAAGGGCAAGUUGGGAUCACACCACCUUUGUUCCUUGAAGUAUCUUCUAACUACUCACCAAUUUUCAUGAAAAUCGAUGAAGGUUCAACGAAAUCGGAGGUGAAAACCUUCAGUGACUCCACUAAUAGGAACAAGCUGUAUUUUGAUGAGAAUGUCAAUUAUGGAAUCCCAAAAAAGAUGCAAGAAAGUUUGCCACUCCUACCCACAGGCUUUCUCCUAAAGCCCCCCUCGUAUGGAAGGAAAAAUGGAAAAUAUCGAUUUACCAAACGAUCUGUAGCAAAAAUUUUUCACACAAGAAAUGUAGCUGAGAUAACUUUGAACAAAUAUAUUUGUUAGCACUUUUUGUGUAAGGUGAACUGUUCGCUGAGAAACAACGCUUGAAGUGACCGGCGAUGAUUUUGAAUUUUUAGUGCAGAAUAUCAAAAGGCGUUUUAAAGGUGAAGAGUGCAACUUUCAUAUUAGACCAGGAAGGAUCUGUUUUUAGGUGGAUGUGAGAGGUGGCAUUCGGAUUUUUGCGGAUAAAGUUAAGUGAUAACUUCGUUAAUAAUAAUUGACUUAUGCUCCUUGUCAAAUAUGC